UUAGUUGAAGGAGCGUACUUUAGGCGCCCUGACCUUACCGAGAUACUCUGUGAGAAAUGUGCGGGACGAACAUGGUAUUUCUCCGGGUGCUGUUCUGCGUCAUCGCGAUCACCUGCGCCUGGCUGGUGACUGCCGAGCAAGUAUGCACGUAUCCCCUUGGAAUGGAAUCUGGCGCCAUACCUGAUGCCAGCAUCACUGCAUCCUCUAUCUCUGUUGGUUUCGAGCCCUACCACGGUAGGUUGAACGGAGUUGCCGGUGUGGGCGCUUGGGCAGCCAGAACCAACACCAUCGGGGAAUGGCUACAGGUGGAUUUAGGAGAAAUGAAGACCGUCACAGGCACCAUCAUCCAGGGUCGCUCCAGUGCAGACCAGUGGGUGACCUCCUACAAACUACAGUACAGUUUAGAUGGCCUCAAUUGGAUCACGUAUGCAAGUAGCGAUGGCUCCGAAGAG